GCGGCACGAGCGCGGUAUCGCCAGGACUGGACCGCAGAACUCCAGAGCAGGGCCUGCCGAUGCUGCGCGCGCCUCUGUGCUCGGGACCAUGGUUUCCAGGUCAGUGUAGUUUCUGACCAAACCUUUUUCACCAGCUGCCUCUCUCGUUUUUUGUCGCGCUCUAGCGCGCGUUCUUGCGCGUGAGUAACUUUUCCGUCGCCAGUUCUAUGUGAGUUUCGGUACCGUGCGCAGUCCUGCAGCACCAUGGCUGACGCGGCCCGGCAACAUAUGGUAGAAAUAGACCCAGAUUUCGAACCUCUCUCGCGUCCGCGCUCGUGCACUUGGCCGCUGCCUCGACCGGAAUUCGCGAACCCCGCCGACUCCAGCACGUCCUCGCCCGCGCCGUCGGUCAAGCAGGAGCCGUGCAGCAGCGCGGACUUCAUCAGCAAUCUCAGCUCGCUGGAGGAGCACGAGGACUAUCCCGAUAAAAAAGCGCGUGUCUUGUGUGGUGACUUCUCGUGCCAGGAGGCGUGCGUUCAUCAGCAAAGCGCGCAGCAGCCGCAGAUCUCCAGCGCGCAGGCGGCGCACCCGCACCCGCAGCAGGUGUGCGUGCUGACCUCGCCCGCCGCUGUCCAGCGGAAGAGCAGCUCGUCACGACGCAACGCCUGGGGGAAUAUGUCGUACGCGGACCUCAUCACCAAGGCCAUCGAAAGCUCCCCCGAAAAGCGCCUGACUUUGUCGCAGAUUUAUGACUGGAUGGUGAAGAGCGUGCCGUACUUCAAGGACAAGGGAGACAGCAACAGCUCCGCGGGCUGGAAGAACUCAAUUAGGCACAACCUGUCCCUGCACAGUCGUUUUGUGCGAGUGCAGAACGAGGGAACGGGGAAGAGUUCGUGGUGGAUGUUGAACCCUGAGGGGAGUAAGAGUGGCAAAUCGCCGCGCCGCCGCGCCGCUCCAUGGACAACACUGGCAAGUUCGCCAAGAGCCGCGGCCGGCGCGGCCAAGAAGAAAUUGGCUCUGCAGGGCGGCCCUGAUGGAGGUGCAGACAGCCCUGGUUCCCAGUACAGUAAGUGGCCCGGGAGUCCCAACUCCCACAGCAAUGACGACCUCGAGGUGUGGACGACCUUCCGACCCCGCACCAGCUCCAAUGCCAGCACGCUGAGCGGACGACUCUCACCCUUCAUGCCCGAGCAGGAUGACCUGGGCGACUCAGACGUGCACAUGGUCUUCUCGGGUCCCGGCUCCGCGGCCAAAAUGACCUCAACCCUGCCCAGCCUAUCGGAGAUGGCAGGCUCCUUGGGCCACAGCAGCUCUGAGAACGUGAUGGAGAACCUCCUGGACAACCUUAAUCUUCUCUCACCCAAGAACCCUACGGUGGGCUCUGUCGGAGGGCCUGGCUCAGGCGCCAGUCAGUCGUCCCCGUCCUCCCUCAGACAAAGCAGUCCCGGCUACCCCCCCUACACCUCGCCCGGCCUGGCGAGCGUCAGCCAGCAGUGCCUGUACGGUCAGGCAGGCCUGGGCAGCCUCUCCCCUAUGUCCAUGCAGCCGUUGCCGGAGAACAAGCCCAGCUUUGCAUCCGCUCCCGGGGCCAUGGGUCAGUUUACCUGCACAGCAGGACUUCUGAAGGAGCUUCUGACCUCAGACUCCGAGCCGCACGGAGACCUAAUGCCCUCGGUUGAAACGGUUGUCUCUCAGUCUGCUGGCACAGGCGGGCACAUGCUGCCCCCUUACCCCAGCGGGCGGGGUGAACUCAUGAGAGGUGGCGCCUCCCACGGCCACGCCCUGUCCCACCCCCACACCAUUCACGGGCAUGCUCCGCCCACCUCUGUGGCCAUGAAUGGACGCAGUCUGCAUCCUCUGACCAGCAUGGGCCACGGAGGUGUGGCUGGCUGCCUCAGUUCGGUCAAAUCAGCCACGCAGGUGCCGUACAGACCCUCCUGCCACAUGGGGGGAGGUGGAGGGGUGGCUGGAGCACUCUCCACCUACUGCAGCCUCAACAGUAACGGCUACGGCCACGGGCCAGGCUUGGCCCCCGGACAGCCACACCACCCAGAGAAGCUGCCCAGUGAUCUGGACGGCAUGCCUGUCGAACGCUUCGAGUGUGACAUGGAGUCCAUUCUGCAUGACGCACUCAUGGAUGGAGAUUCGCUGGACUUCAACUUUGACCCCAUGGCGAACCAGCAGGGGUUCACCCCACACAGUGUCAAGACCACUCACAGCUGGGUGUCGGGGUAA